CAGCUCAUAUUCGUCAGUUCGUCACAUACCUACCAUUACGUAAAGACGUGUUUAUGUAAUAAUUUUACUUCUGGUAUCUUUUACAUAGAUUUAGUUCAUUUUUAUUUAUUUUUACUCCGUGUUUAAACAAAAUCAAUAUCCCGCUACGAAUUUACGCUCCAAUCGCUCUCCUCGACGUCGAUACAUCAGAACAACCGAGUUGCCGAUUUUUCAAUCAUACGAUUCUCGAGUUUGGCUGCUUUUAAGCCAUAACGCAGAAACAAAGCAAAAACAAUAAUGUUUUCAAAACAAACUCGCAGUAGAAAAGGUAGCGAUAACAGAAAAUUAGCUAGAAAAGGUAAAGAAAAUCGACUAAUGAAUCAACUAUUGUCCAAUGAUAAUUCUGGUAAUACAAAAGUUGAACUUGAUGCGCCUAAAGAUGAACUGGCGCCUAAAAAUGAACUGGCGCCUAAAAAUGAACUGGCGCCUAAAGAUAAACUGGCGCCUAAAAAUGAACUUUCAUCUACAUUUUGGUUCCUAGCUGAAGUUUUCAUGCUUCAGGCAAAUGAAGAAGAUGUAAAGUGGUUAGACAAUUUAAUAAAUGAUGCCGAAAAUAAUGUGGACGGUGGUGUGGAGAAAACACUACGAGCAGCAAACUAUGAGCCUGGUUUAAAUGAAAUUAAUGUGAGACAAAUGUUGGAAUCAAAGCUGAGUACAAAUAAUACACUGGCACUGAAUUCAAGUGAGCUACCCAAUCCAAAUGGUCAUGGGAUUUAUGUAUUAGAAGAUGGCCUGGGGAGGAAAAUAAUAAUUUCAAGAGAAAAUAUGGAAAAAGUUGUGUACAAACACUCAGAUGAAAUAUUUGAUUGGCCUUCUUAUCCAACUGUAUCUACUAAUCAAACUGGAUGUACUGAUCAAACUGGAUGUACUAAUCAAACUGGACAUACUGAUCAAACUGGACAUACUGAUAGAACUGGACAUACUGAUCAAACUGGACAUACUGAAUAUAUAGUACCUGAUCUACCUCCAGAUAUAAAAGUCAAUUAUGAAUUCAUUGUAGGAUUAAUUGAACAUGAUGAUGCACUGAGUCAUUUAAAGGGAAUAAGUUCAGUUCAGCUUAAUGAUCUUUUAAUUCAUUGCCGUACUGAUGGUUGUCUUGAAAUGGCUAAAGCUAAACUAGAAAAAAGGGAUGAAAAGAUUUUAAAGUGUAAAAAGCGAGGCAAUUUCUCUUUAAAAAGAGAAAGAAGAAUUGCAUCAUACUUUGAAUUAUAUCAGGACUUGAGUACAAUAAUGGAAAGAUUCAACACUUUUGUUGUGGAAAAAGAGCAUCCAUUUUUUAAAUAAAAAAUGGAUGCUCAUUUUCUAUGUUUUUCUCAUUUUUCAUUUCCCAUGUUCUCAUUUUCCAUUUUUCUUAUUUUAUUAAAUUAUAUUAAUAUAAUAUAAUAUAAUUAAUUGAUAUUAAUGUUAUGGAAUUAAAUUAUAAGUGGUUUGAUCAAUUUCAUAAUAAGGAUAAUAUAUACUUGGGUUAGUUUUAAUUUUCAAUUACAUUCCUUAAAGUUAUAAUUAAAAUAAUGUAUUACAAAUUUAUAUUUACUCAUCACUAGACACUACUUAAUUACUAUCCCAAAGAAGUUUUAUUUUAUUUCUUAUCUAUACCGACUAUACAUGUAUAUCUAUGUAUUAUACUUAAUAUUACCAAUUAUCUAUCUCUUAUUUUACCAAUCAAUAUUUUUGUAUAAUUUCUUUAAAAAUGGUAGAUAAUAUUAUUGCUUGCUUCAAUUGUAGGUAUCACAACUAUGUAGUAAUUUAUCUGGUAUAUCAUUUAUAUUUUCAAACAGUAUAUUAAUCGAUUUUAGCUAUACAUUAUUAUUUUGACUAAGUUAUAACCAAAUAAUUGUGUGUUUAAUCGUAUGGACUAAGAGUUAUAGCCAGGGUUGGGGUUUUAUAGCAGUUCUAUAACUGAUUUUGAUUCAAAAACAGGUAAAAAUGCAAAAAAAAGUCCAAAAUAACAGCAAUUUUAGCUUAUUCUGCUAUUUUUUAAGCAUUCCAUAAAAAAUAUGCAAUUGCUAUAAAAGCCCAACCAUGGUUAUAACAAUAAUUAAAAAAAAAAUAAAUAGUUUUUAUUAGAUUUAAAAUAUUUUAUCUUUAAAAAUAUGUUUUAUCAAGUAUAACUGUAUUAAAUUUAUUAUUUAAAAUUAAAUUCAUAUCAAUUUAAUAAGAUCACUAAAAUGUAGUCAUUCAUAUUUUGAAAUAUUUUGCCCAUAUUACUUGUAAUAUUACUUAUUAGCAGGCCAAUAUUGGGCUGGCAAGCUACUGAGCAAAACUUGGGUUGCUAAAAAUAUGGGCUAGUUUUGAGUGUUUGGUUGUAUUUUAUUUAUUUUUUUUUGCGAUAUAAAGUACAAACAUUGAUAGAAUAUAUAAUUGAUUUGAAUUAUUUAAACUGUACACUACCUAUAAUUGUUAUCUAACGUUAGAAAUUUUAGACCGAUAUCUUGCCAAUCCGGCACUGCUUACUAGAGAUUAACUACUAAAAAUCUUAAAUAAAAUGUAAAAUGUAAAAAAUAUUUUAUUAUUGUCAUAAUCUGAUCAACGUAUACAAUGUAUUCUUAUGUAUUAAUGCAUCCAGUGGCGUAACUGAGGGCCCGCAGACCCCGCGUUGCGGGGGGGCCCAUGGUAAUUUGGGGCCUUUGGUUAUAGGGUUAUAGGUAUUUGAAUUCUUUGAUAUAACAAUAUGUUAGGGGCCCAUUCUUAACAUUUUUAUUUUAGCGGGGGAGCCCAAGGUUUUUUGUUACGCCACUGAAUGCAUCAACUAUUAUUUUACUUAUAUUUAGAUCAAUUUAGUUAGCACUUAGAAUAGAAGAAAAAAUAUUUAUAUCAUAUUUAGAUCAAUUUAGCUUGUACUUAGAAUAAAAUAAAUAAUAUAUAAUUUUUCAA